AUGGGGCUUGCAAUCAUGCAGCAGCAACAGCAGCAGCAGCAUCAGCAGCAGCAACAACAAUACCAACAGUAUCAACCCCAACUCUCUCUUCCAAUGCCUUCCUCUCAACAACAAUAUCACCACCAACAACAACAGCAGCACCAUCAUCAACUCCAACAACAUCAACAACUCCAGCUACAACAACACCAGCUUGAACAGCGCAUGAAACGACGUCGGUUUUCGCGUCGCGGCCGUAAGAACCUAACAACUCGCGACAAACAUGAUCUAAUUGUAAUUCUCGAGGAAAACUCAAACCUGGUUCGUGACAAUGACUGGGAUGCGAUCUCCACUAUUUUUAAUCGUCAUGCGUGCGGUGAUCAACGACCCUCGCGUACCGGCGCAUCUCUCCGAAGUGCUUUCAGUAAACUCCGGAAACGCGCAAAACCUUCUGGUGACAAUCAUCUCGAUAACCUCAUUGAUCACGCAAAUAGACUCCACUCACUACUUUAUACACGGACUGGAGGAGCCCAGCCUGGCGGCGGUGCACCUACACCCGCUGGAGGAAGCUUGGGGUUUAACCCUGGGUUGUUUGAAAGUGAAGACGGUGGUAAUAAUGGGCUAGGAGGAUUUGCAACUACUUCAGGUAUUAGUGAUGCUCCCAAUUCUUCUCAAAACUCACCGGAAUAUUACCAUAGUGAUGAACAAGAUGAAGGAUUAAGCAGUAGCAUAUCUAUGAACACAGUCACAACAUCAACAGCAACUGCAGUUUCUUCUACAAUUUCAAAUGAUUUCUCACAACAACAAUAUACUUCUACACAAACUAGUCUUUCUGGACUUGUUCACAGCGCCAGUCAUUCAUCAGAUCUACACCAACACACUCAACCUCAUCACCAACAACAACAACAACAACAACAACAACAACAACAACAACAACAACAACAACAACAACAACAACAACAACAACAACAACCCUCGCUUCGGAGCGUUUUAGGGAACAGUAAUAUUUUACGGUACGAACAACCAGGGAACUUGUUUGCUCAGUCAAACACUACUCAACAAGAAGACAAUGCCUUGGAAUAUCAACAAAACUCGGUUAGGGACAGCAAUGUAUCUUCCAAUCCUUUUCGGUCAUUAACUUCUACGUCUUCUUCUUCAUCUUCGUCAAGUGCUCAGUUUCUUACUGAAGAUUCCAGAAUUCCACGGUUUUCUAUGGGUCUUUCUUCGUCCUCAUCAUCAUCAUCAUCAGCUCAAAACAACAAUAACAAUAACAACAACUUGACUGAGCAAAGCACAAGAUCUGGAUUUUCACGAUUUGCUCCACAAUUUUCCUUCAGUUCUGCAAACCCACUUGAUCCGCGGGCCGCUGCUUCCUCUCCGCGGCGACACUCGGAAAGUAGCGGUGGUGGAGGAGAAAUUUUCACCUUGACAAGUGCAACAACACCUGCAAUAGCAGCAAUAGCAUCAGUAGCAGGAGAAACAGACACAGGUUCUCCUCUUUCAGCUCAUCAACCUAAUCCACAACAACAACAUUUCCGCGGACCGUCCGAUAAUCAUAUUUUUAAACGGCCGUCUUCGGUAGUGUUUCAGUUCCCCAGAAGCGGAAAUAAUCCCACCACUGCUUCCACAAACACCACUUCACCUACCAAUUCCGUCCCUAAUAAUUCAAGCUCAAGUUCGGCAUCAUCGGCCUCAAAUCCUACGGCUAUUUCUUCUUCUUCUUCUUCUUCUUCGGUGGCAUCAGUUUCUUCUUCUGGAAAUGCAGCACCAUCAACUGGAGAUUCCUCUUCGAACAAUAGCAAUAACAACAAUGGUCCUGAAGACUCUUCGCUGUCAAUUUCUCCUCGAAUGAGCACUGGGCCACUGGCUUCUUCUUCUUCAGCAACAGUUUCUGUUUCAUCACCUAAUACACACAACAGUGCAACCUCAGCAUCAAAAUCUACUGGUUCUGAUGGGGCGUCCAUGACGACGACGACCACAACGCCGACGACAACUACAACUUCCACUACCAAUACGGUGGGGCUUCAGCCGCAGCUGCAGAACUUCCCAAACGAGCAACAGCAGACAAGACGGCGGAGUGCCGCGGCAUCCGCGGGAUCUCCGGCGGCAUCCGCGGGUGAGACUGGAUCUGCCAAUAGCAGUGCCACAAAUAACAAUGCCAAUUCAACGGCACCGUCAACGGCCACCAGUUCCUCUAAUACUACAAACGCAGAAGCAGCAGCAGCAGCAGCAGCAGCAAGUGAAUCUUCAUUGACACAUACAAGCUCAGCAAGCACGUCCAAUGACCAGACUGGCAAUAACGAAGGCACAAACUUGGGCGGCUCGCCAACGGGAGGAGCGCCAGGAGCGUCUACCGGAUUGGCUAGCUCGUCUACAUCUUCUGGGUCUUCAGCUUCGACCAAUGUUUCUGGAAACAAUGGCAAUAAUAGCAGUGGAACCGGUUCUAAUUUGUUCCGGUCGCAAUCCUUCAACUUCCAUCCUUACUCACACGCCCGCACAAACUCUCAACCAAAUUUCCCAAGCCCACUUGGUCACCCAUCAUCAUCUGCAACUCUGUCAACUUCUUCAACUAGCCCUAACAAUUCUAAUGCGUUGAACCGAAGGUUAAUACGUAACAACAGUCUAACGCUUGGUCAUGAUGGACAAGUGAUUGUUGGUGGUGCUAGUUCCAGUGCUCGAUUGUUUCAGCAGACAUCUCAAGGGUUUACCCAUAAACACCGUCAGCAGCAGCUACAACAACAACAACAACAGCAGCAGCAGCAGAUUACGGGUGGAGUGAUGACUCAGGGUAGCUACGAGGGAUUGGUCAAGGAAAACGGCCGGCUCAGUGAGCUUGUGUACGAGAUGCGCGAGCGAUUACUGGGAAUGCGUGGAGUCAUGGAGGAGGUGCGCCGCAAGUACGAGAGCGAACUACAAGACCAAGCGCAGACAAUUUUGAUCCUGGAGCGACGGCUGGCCGACGCUACACGGGAGGGUGGUGGUGGAGAUGGGUCUGAUGGAUCUAGUCCCAAGACUUCAUUGAUGGUUGAAAACAGUGGGCCUGGAAGUGAAAGCAAUGCAAGAUUACGGCAGGUGCUUGUGCAACGAGAACGACAACUACAAGAUACUCUAGCAGACGUGGAGUAUCUGCGGAAACAAAUGGCGUACAAGGACCAGGAAAUUGAGUCACUCAAACACUUGCAUGGCAUGGAACUGCGGACACUGCGGAUGGAGUCUGCGAUGCGGGCCCGGUCUGGGUUUAAAGGUGAAGACUUGGAUGUGGAUAUGAGUUGUGAUGAUGGCAGCAAUAUCACCAAGCGAGAUGAGAGCGGUGGUGGUGGUGGUGGUGAGAUUAACGAUGAUGACGAUGAUGACGAAGAGGAAAAACUCAAGAGGGGGUUGGAAGCUGCAGAGAUUCAAGAAGAAAAUCGUGAAGAAGAUGAAGAAGAAAACGAGCAGUUACAGCAAAGUCUUGGGCAAGUCCAGCCUCCUAGUUUUCAUCACCACCGGUCUGCAUCUAUGGUUGAUUUGAAACCAUCUGGGAGUUUUGGAAGUGCAAUUCUUGGAGCAAGUCAUAAUAGAAUGGCUGGAUCAAUAAGUUCUCGCAUCUCGCUAGGCCCCGUGGCUUUGGAUUUCGGAACAGUUGGAACAGCAGUGUCAGGAGGAGGAGGAGAGAGAAGUACUAGUAACAACAGUAAUAGUAGCAGUAGUACUGGAUUAAGGAACCAGACAUUGUCAUCACCAAGUAAAAGCGGCCGACUGUUUUCAAAGAUUACAAACAAGUUUUCGAGUGGAGAUCGUGGGAACCGGGGAAAUUCAGGAGGAGGAAAUGAUGAUGGUGGGUCUAGUCUUUUAGGAGCAUUGAUGCGUACUAGCAACAAGUGA